UUGUGGACAGAAGAUCCUUAGCUUCCAGUUUGAACAAAAAUCUGUGAUUUAUAUAUAUAUGGAAGCAAUGUCUAGGACAUACAGUGGUCAUUGCUUCAGCACUACAUGCUUGUUUUCUGCUGCAUUUAUUUUGCGUCCAUAACAUGGACUUCAGAGAGCCGGACAUGGAAGCAGAUGCUCUGAAGGACAACAUCUAUAUGUCUCAGGGGACUGAUCCAGCAAAGCCAGUGCCGUCUCCUAACAAAAUAAUUGAGAAGACCAUGCCUUCUCUGUUGUCGGGCUGGAUGAACAACACGAGUGAGUCAUUCAGAGAGCAGUUUGCACCCUUAUACUAUUCACCAGACAACAGUAUGAUAGGCAGCAGAGGUAGCUCAUCAAAUAACGUGCACCAUAACCAAGAUUUUCAGGAUACAAGACAGUUAAAUUAUUUGGCCAACUCUAUUCUUUUUCCUCACUUGUUGGCAUCCAGUUCAUCUCAAACUAGCAAAACUAAUGACACCCUGGAACCGCUCAGUCCACCUCCUCCACCAACUGCUGCUGCACCUCAGACAUGUCAGGAAACUGUAUGCUACAGAAACAUAGAACAGAGCCCAAGGAAGCAGGAACAGGUGAUGAAGCAACAGAUGGAGCAGCUGCAAAGGCUGGUGGCCGAACAGCAGAAAAUCAUUACAUAUUACAACACAGGCUUUUCAGUCUCUUCUGGGGUCUCUUCCCACCUACUUCCCACGAUGCCACCACUUCCAAGAUUUGCUGCCACUUUAUUUCCUGUCCAGCUCCCUUCAGAAAAUUCUCCACAAGUCCAGAGCCAUGGUCACUUGCAAAUUGAUCCCUUAAUAACGCAUCCACCCCUGCAAAGAGGUUCCCCAGUUUCUUCACCAAACAAUAGCUGUGCAGAAACCUCAGGAGAGAAUCCACAAAUUCCAGGUCCAGGUUGGUAAUGAACUGCAGCUGUGGAAAUCUGCACUCAGGAACAAUGUGCAAAGCAUCAAGAUUUUUGCCUUUACUUCCCAUUUUGACUUUCAUGAUUUUU